AUGUCUGUUGGGGAAGUUGUGCUAGCUGGAGAUUUGAACGCGCGUACUAGCUCCUUGUGUGACUGGCUGGACACAAGGGACAUUGAGUUCCUUGCUGACGUUCCUGACGCAGAGAGCUGGGGGGAGCCAGAGUUCAUCGCGCCAAGAGCGUCUAGCGACAAAGUGGUCAACGGUGCAGGGAAGUUGCUACUUGAGUUUUGCAAGUCAGCGGACUGCAGGAUUCUCAAUGGCAGAGUUAGAGGCGACGAAGCAGGCAGGGGCACAUGCUUCCCGGCUGGGGGCGGAAGCAGCUUGGUUGACGUCUUUGUUACUUCCGCUUCUUUAGCCAAGCGAGCGGACACUUUAGUUGUCUCAGAUGAAGUGCCUGACUCAGAUCAUAGGGUGGUGACGCUAUCCUUGAGGGUGGGUGCGCAGCACUUCCCCGAGAAGAUGCCUGCUAUAGAGGUCCCAAAGGCUGAUCAGAUUCCAGUGCCAAGGGUAAGGUCUGAGGGGAUCCCUGUCUUCAAUGCAAUGCUAGCUCAGUCAGUCGAGUUGCAAUUCCUGACCAAGAACUUGAAGGCGAUGGGGUCUGGAGAAGCAGCUGAUGUUCUAGAAGAAGCCGUUAGAAGUGCUGGUCAGUGCGCUUUCCCUUCGGCAGCAUCAAGAAAGCAGUUUGUAAACCGUAGCACUUUUUGGUUUGAUGGAAACUGUAAGGAUGCUCGCAAGCAAUUUUUAGCAGCCCUGAAGACGGAUGGCCCGUCUCACUUAAGUAGCCAGCUUAAAAAAGAGUACAGGAGACUGGUUAGGCGAAAGAAACGGACAUUCGACAAAUACAGAGCGGCCAAGCUGGAGGAUCAGAUGCAGAACAGUCCCGCAACCUUUUGGAAGCGGUUCAGGAGAAAAGCAAAAGGUUUAGGGCCAGAGCAUGAAGCUGGGCUGCUAAAACACUGCAAGUCUCUGUAUGAGCAGUCGGGAUCGUUCCUUUCUGGGUCCAAAGUUCAGCCGGAGCCGGAGCAGGAGCGAGAGCGGCAAAGUCUUGUAAGGCCAGACAGCUUGGAAGCAGCAAUCACGGAGGGCGAAGUGAAAGUGGCGCUAAGAGCUCUGAAGAACGGGAAGAGUCCAGACUUGGGGGGCUUUACGGCUGAGCUCUUGAAAGCGGGGGAGGAACACCUUCUCAAGGCACUGACGGGAGUCUUCAACCGGGUGUUGGAAGAGGGGGUGUUUCCGGAAAGUUGGAAUGAGGGGGCUCUUGUGGCAAUCUUCAAAAAGGGUGACCCAACAGACUACGGAAACUAUAGGACGGUGACGGUGGGGCCUGUCUUAGGCAAGUUGUACGCCAGUGUGUUAAACAGGAGGCUAAGCGAGUGGGCGGAAAAGGGGCUGGUCCGAGCGCGGGGACAAGCGGGGUUCCGAAAGGGGUUCCGGGGGGCGGACCACAUGCUGGCGCUUCGGGUUCUGAUCGAGCGUUGGGCGCGAGGUAGGAGCCGGCACCUUUUCGCCUGCUUUGUCGACUUCAAGAAAGCGUUCGAUAUGGUUCCACGUGAAAAGUUGUGGAAGCGCCUAGAGGAGCUUGGGGUCAAGGGGCGGAUGCUUCGGAGCGUGCAGAGCAUGUAUGCUAACGUGCGCUGCCGCAUGAGGGGAGACAGGUGGACUUCCGCUGAAACUUUCGAGAGCAACCGCAGGGUGAAACAGGGGUGUCCGCUAAGUCCUUUGCUGUUUGGAUUGUAUAUAGACGGGUUAGAGGCCGUGAUGUGCAGGGCAGCGGACAGUCCAACACUGCAGGGCGUCGAAGUCCCGUUCCUUGCCUUUGCAGACGAUGUCGUUCUGCUGUCAACGAGCGCUGCGGGUCUGCAAAGGAAGCUGGACCUAUUGCAGGGUUUCAGCGAAAGGAGUGGGCUUCUGGUUAAUCUUCAAAAGACGGAGGUUGUAGUUUUCGGAGGUCAAGUCGCUGUUCAGAAAGAGAAGAACGAGUUUCGGUAUGCGGGGGAGCGCGUCGCAAUAGUGCCGAGUUAUCGGUAUCUGGGAGUGCAAUUCCAUUGUAACGGGAGCUUUCGGGAGGGGGCUCAGGCUUUGGCGGCGGCCGGGCGAAAGGCAGCCUUUGCUCUAGAACGGAGGUGUACGGAGCUGGGGGUGAGAAAGCUGAGCACUCGAGUUCGGUUGUUCGACGUAUUAGUGGAACCGAUCCUUGAGUACGGGGCGGAAGUGUGGGGUCCGGGGUACGGCCCAGAGUGGGGGUGGAAUGGGGACGGUGGGCCCGGGGAGCAAAUCUUCAAGUUCGUCAACCGGACUUUAGGCCUUUCGGAAGACAGACUGGCGCGGCUAGCGCUGGAGGAGUCCAAGGUCAUGUGGGCCGCUGGUGAGAAAGGGUGGUUUGCUGAUAUUGUCGAAAAGGCCCAAGAACUAGUUUGUGAUGGAAGCUUUGCUGGGAAGUUUGACGUCAGGUCGCUUAGAACAUUGUCCGAGUUUGCGUACAUGCAAGAUCUGAGGGAAGAGCAUGGGCGGCACGUGUCCCCCCUCCCGCAUGGCCCCGCGAUCGGCCGGAACGACCAGUGGCGGUGGUUGAAAAAGUUCAAUCGAUCCAGUGAACGAGAGGGCGACGAAAGAUCCUCAGUCGGCAGCGACCAGGAAGACUCGCCGCGUCACUUCCCCCAAGACGAGGCUGACAGCAUGAUGCAUCUUAGCCAAGAGGUCGGCGAAAUGUCGCUAUCACCCGGCCCCUUUCGACGCCACGCCAAGCGCCUGAAAGUCGACUUCCUUUCUGAAGGUCUGAAAGACAACUCAAGUCCAGCAAUCUCGUCCUCGGAAGCGCUGGUGCCCGCGCUACCUCUCCUUUCAGAUGCGGAUACCGCGCCCUGGUUGGACCCCAUCCUCGCCGCCGCACAUCAAUUUCACUCGUUGGGAGUCGUGACCAUCACCUUCGACCUUGAGGAGGGGCGCAAUAAAACUGGCGAAGUCAGGAGGUUCGCAAAGGGUUUGGGGUUCUGGAGCCAGGCCAACCACGACAAUUGCCUGAGCGAGGAGUUUGCGAUGCCCGGGCGGAACUCCAUCGCCAUCAUCACGGAGGAAUCCGACCUAUUCGCAGUAGACGUCGACGUGAAAGAUGGGGGCUUUGAGGCGCUACAGCAGAUGCUCGAGGAGCACGACAACUUCCCGGAGGACACGCCCCGCCUGACGACGGGGAACAAGGGCAUGCACGUCCUCUUCUCCCUGUCCAAGUCCGAGGAGGCCCGUCUGCGGAACGGCAGCAACCGGACCCGGAUUCGGUACAAAGGAGAAAAGGUGGGCAUCGACAUUCGCGGCAGAGGGGGGAUGCUGUACACGGCACCCAGCAGCUACCGGGGCCUUGACGGCGAGCUCCGGCGCUACGAGUGGGAUCACGAGAUCCUCCCCGACCGCUCUAAUCUCAUGGCAAGUCCGGAUUGGCUGAUUGCCAUCCUGAAUGAGGACCAACCGGGCGCGGGGGGCACCGCCAAUGGGGGCCGUUCAAGAACCGGGACCGCCGCAGCAACAAGCCAAAGGCGGGCCUCCCUCGAUCUGCCUGCCCCCGUCGUGGGGGUUUUUGGCGAAGAGCCCGACAUCGCCGUGCUGCAGCGCAUCAAAAGCUGUCUUUCAGAAUGCGGCGACAGUGUUUCGCGCUUCGACAAGCGAAAGGGCAACCUGUACGUCUUCCGGGUUCAAGGAGAGCGGACAUGCCCCUACGGUCAUCACCACCUGGGUUCCAACAACUUUUCAAUCCUGGUGAAGGGCAGCAGUCUCUAUUACCACUGCAAUUCGUCCGAGUGCCAGUCCAUCAUGCCACGGAGGCAGAUCGGCGACUUGAACGGUGUCGGGGAAGAAGCACGUGGCUCUGUGCGACCAGUGGAUGCUGAUGGAGAUGAAGCCGUGCUCGGGUGUGUCACGAAGGAGUUCGUGGACUAUUGGGCGCUGCAGGGGGACAGGGGUGGGAGCCGGAUCUUUUCGCAAAUGUAUUCGGCCUGCAAGAGGACUGUGUACACUCCGGCGGGCUUCUACAUGUGGACCGGGAAGGUGUACGAGCGGGCUCAUGACGUUCAAGUGCUGUACAUCCUCAUGCACCAGCUGAGCACGAUCAUCGACCGUGUCAGGCGCGAGCUGCGAGAGGAAGAGAGGAAAAUCCCCAAAGAUGACAAGGCCAAGCUAGAAAUAGUCGAGGCGAAGCUCAAGCUGCUUCGUGACUACAAUAACAGGCGUACCGCGGAGGACACGUUGAAGGUUGUGAAGGGAGAGUUGUUCUCGAGCACGUUUCUUAACGAGCUCGACCGCAAUCCUGACAUCCUCAACGUGAGCAACGGAGUGAUCGACUUGCGCACUGGCCAGCUCGACAUCCACCGCCCACAAUACAUGUGCACGAAGCUUGCAGAGACGAUUUAUAGCGGGCUCGAGCUUCCCUCCCCUCGGAUCGAAGACUUUUUCAACGAUGUGUUCAACGGAGAGGAGGAGGUCAUCCGGACCCUCCAGAUUGUGCUCGGCUACGGCAUGACGGGGUCUAAGGCUUGCGAGAUCAUGGUCUUCUGGAUCGGAUUGGGCGGGAAUGGGAAGGGCGUGACCAAGGAGAUGUUGGAGAAAGCUUUAGGACCCUACUGCGGGGUCAUGUCCACGGACGUGGUGGUGAGAACGGCGGGGCAGAGACCGGCGUCCAAAGGCGCUCCCACUCCCCACAUGCAUGCCUUGAAAGGGCUUCGCUUCAGCAUCCUUGAUGAGAACAAUGAGGAGGCAGAGGUCGAUACGGGCUCGGUUAAAGGAACCACGGGGGGAGGGAAUGUCUCUGCGCGCGCACCAUACGGCCAGACGGAGACUUUUCCGCUCAUGAACCUCCCAAUCUUGCUGACCAACCACCCCCCGAAACUCCGGGACGUCACCGAACCGGCUAUGCUCCGUCGGUUGCUUAUCUUCGACUUCCUCAACCUCUACGUGAGCCGGACCAGAUUUGAGCCGACCAACCCUCGGCACCGGCCUGUGGACGAAGGCUUGAAGGCGAGAAUGCAGGAAAACGAGACGCUCGAGCAGUUUCUCUCGUGGUUGGUGAGAGGGGCGGUGAAGUUCUAUGCGCAAGGGGAGUCGAUCGGAGCUGUCCCGCCCUCUGUCCAGGCAAACUUGGAUACGUAUCUUGCACAGAACGACAAGCUGCAGCAGUUCAUCGACGAGCAGUGUAGAAUCAAUCCACAGCUUCGGGGGAACGCAGCGGCGUUUCUCAAAGAUUAUAGAGCAGCGUCAGGAGAGCUUACAAUCAGCGUCGAAAGCUUGGCUGCUAGGAUGAACAAGAAGGGCUUUGCAAAGAAAAAACUCGAAUCCCAUGACCACUUAGAUAAAAGGCCACAAGUGUUUGUAGGCAUUGAAAGCAGUUACGAACCAAGUUAG